UCCCGCAGCCUACAGUCAGAAACAUUCUCUCUCUUCUUCUCCCUGCGAUUUGGAGGAGAGACUUCUUCGUCGCGGCAUCGGAGGAAGCCUGGGAUGGACCUCCGGCCCCAGUUCGCGGUGUCUCCACGCCGCCUUCGCCCCCGCCGACCACCACCGGCCUCCUCCUACGACGCUCCAUCAGUUCGAGCCCCGCCGCCAGCAACCUCCAAGAGGCCGCCGCGACCGCACCGCUCGUCCGUGUCCGUCGAGUCGCCGGCCCGGACCGACCGCCGGCUGGUGUCAUCGGAGCUGGCGGCGCUGGUCGAAAGAGCGAAAGAAGAAUUCCAGAGCUGCGGCGACGCGGGAGCUGCAGCUGCCGUGUCCUCCGGGGGCGGCUGCAGGAGCCCGGUGUUCGAACGAGGGCGGUUCUACGAGCUCUACUCGGCGCGGAGGAACGAGAGGCUCAAGAGGAAGAAGGGGGAGAUGUCCGACGAGGCAGUGGCGGAGGACCCGGGCAAGGCAGUGGAGCUUGCACGGAGGAGGGUGCCUAAGAAGGCGGAGGGGGUGAGGAAGUCGAUGCCGGCGGACUUCUCGGUGGGCCGCGGCAGCAGCAGCAGCAGCCUGCGGUCGUCUGUGAAGAAGAGGCCGUACUCUGCUGCCGGUGUUGCCGAGUCGUCUGCCGGUGGUGGGCGGAUAGUUAACGCCCGAUCAGUGCGCAGGCUGUGAAUUACCUUACAGGAACACUGGCGAUCUUUCAGCUUAGAAGAAUAGUUUGAUUGGAUGUUGUGUGGGUAGAAGAAUCAUUCAUAUCUUGGUUUUGGUCUCUCUCUUUUUUUUGUUUAUUUCCAUUUUUAUUUUAGACAAAUUAAAAUGGGAGUAUAGGAAGUAAAAGAUAUCUGAAAACAGUGAUUAUAUAUUUAUUGUAGUUGACGACGAU